AAAAUAUAUAUAUAAAUUAAAUAUCAGCGGAAUAAAUGUAAACAUGUACAAUUUAUUAUACAAUUUAUAGAAUAUGAAUAAAUACUAUAGAUAGAAUAUAAAUGAACAGAAUCUAUAGAAUAGAAUAUACUGUACAUAAUAUAAAUAAAUAGAAUAUAUACAAUAUAAAAUAGAAUAUAUACAAUAGAAAUUAAUACAAUGAAUAGAAUAUAAAUAAAUAGAAUAUAUACAAUCAACAGGAGAAAAAUCUGGUCAUUGUGUUUCCUGUACGUCUGUUUCCAUGGAGACGUGUUGCUUCUCAGGUGAAGGUGACUUUCAGGUUUUUAUCAGAUGAAACUUUUUAAAGCAGAUUAUCAGAAACAUUCAGGGACACUGAGUCACAGUAUCAUUAUUAUUGCUCUUAAUAAUAGUUAUAACAAUAAGAAGUCAAGGAGGAGGAACAAGAACAAUCUACACCGUCUGAAUACGACUGAAUUAUUCUGAUAUUUUUUCUAACCCUAUUUUGCAAACAUUCCAAACAUAAAGGACCAAUCAUCUUCCGGCUCCACCCACUGUGUUGGUCUAUUCAAUCACCUCAGAGAAAAAAACAACCUCCGUAUAAACAGAGUCAGAGCUGCAGUCACUCAAGUCUGGAGGCUUUGAUUUUAGGGUCCUGGUAGUUCUGGUCCUAGUGGACCUGGUGAUUCCAGACCCGGUGGUUCUGGUGCCAGUGCUGUGGAUAUGGAGCGUCGUCAGAGUCUGGAGGAGCAGCUCAGGUGUCCUGUCUGUCUGGACGUCUUCACUGAACCACUGAUGUUACAGUGUGGACACUCCUACUGCAGAUGUUGUGUGCGCUCCAUGACGAUGGACCUGCUCGGCCAGCUGCAGUGUCCUGUGUGUCGCUGUGCGGUGGACGGAGACAGUCCUUCUCCCAACGUUACUUUGGCUCGAAUUAUUGAGGCUCUGCAGGAAGUGAGUGUUUCAGGUGGAGCUCAGCUGGAGUCGUGUCCUCAACAUCACAACCCGCUCAGCCUUUACUGCGAGGACGAACUAACGGUGAUCUGUGGCCUCUGUGGAAGUAUCGGUGCUCACCGUGGACACAAGAUCACACCUGUGAGCUCCGUCUACAGCCGCAUGAAGGAGGAUAUUUCCUGUCUGAUGACGGAAUUCCAGCAGCAGAAACGUAAAGUCGAAGAUCACAUCUGUAAACUUUCGUACAACAGAUCGAGAAUCACGAAUGAGUCUGACGUGCUGAAGUGGGUGGUGAGGAAGGAGUUUGGCGAACUGCGGCGCUGCCUGGAGGAGGAGGAGGUGGGGUUCAUGCAGCAGGUGGAGACGUCUGCUGCCGUCCUUAUCCUAUCCCUCCAGAACCAGACGGACCAGUUAAACCAGAACCUGAACCGACUGCAGGAGGCGCACAUCACCCUGCAGGAGCUGAGCAACGAGGGACACUUGGACUUCAUCAUGAAGUACGGAUCAAUCGCUCCGAGGUUCAGAGAGAGUCAGAAGCUCCAGCAGAGGGAGCUCUUCAGCUCCGUCAACUUCAAACCAGGUUUCAACCACAACGACAUCAAACUCACAGUCUGGAAGAGACUACACCGAAAAGUCCUGCCAGCACCAGAGAUGUUGAAGCUGGAUCCUCAAACCGCUCACCCGAUGUUGGAGCUCCAUCACGGGGACACGGUGGUGUUCUGUGGGGCUGUGCUGCGGAGACUUCCUGAUAAUCCAGAGAGGUUCAGUUAUAGUUACUGCGUCCUCACCAACCGAGGCUUCUGCUCUGGGAAACACUACUGGGAGGUGGAGGUGGGUAACAAACCCAAAUGGCGUCUUGGUUUGGUCAAAGGAACAACCGGUCGGAAGUCCAAGCUGGUCAAGAGCCCAGAGAGUGGAGCGUGGCUGAUCGGACUGAAGGACGGAGUUUACGAAGCCUUCUCUUCACCCCGGGUCGUCCUCCCGGUGUCGACGCCCCCUCGCCGGGUGGGACUGUUCCUGGACUACGAGGGAGGAGGUCUGACCUUCUAUAACAGCGACAGUCCUGACGAGCUGGGCUUCAUCUACAGCUUCAGGCUGGACAUUCAGGGGAAAGUCUACCCCCUGCUGGACGUCUGCUGGCAUGACCGAGGAGACAACAAACAGCCCAUGAUCCUCCCCCAGCCUCACAGGGCCCACCUCCUCCCCCAACCCCUCCCACAGCCCCUCCCCCACAAACAGGAAAAGUGACAGAAUCGUCUCUGAGUGAAUACAACGUCAAAAUAAUCAGAUUAUAUUCAUUAUUAAUGAGACUUUUUCAUUUGCACCGCUCGUCUGUUUAUCUGCUCACAUUGAAAUUUCUGUAAUAAACAAUCAAAAAUGUAAAUAAACUUGAAGAACUUCAAUUAAUAAAAUCGAAAUUAGUUAAUUUUAGUUAAAA